AUGGAGAAGCAUACAGAAUCAUCACCUACAUCGCAGGUAGAACAUUCCUCCCUUUGGGCAGAGAACCUCAUUCUGCAGCCACAAGUGCAGCAUCUGACUGAGGAGAACACUACUCUGAAGGAUAAAGUCAUGCCUGCUCUGGCCACCCCGAUGAUGCCUUUACUCUAUUCACUUAAGAAUCUUUCCCAGUUUCCUGAUGACCCUGCCAAUCUCUCAGGGUUUCUUGCUCAGGUGACUAACUAUUUGACAACUCUCAAGAUCACCAAUCCCAUACACGAUGCCCAAGUCAAAUUGUUUUUUGACUACCUAUCUCAGCAGAUGGAAAGUUGUGGGAUGAUAUCUAGGUCUGAGCAGAGUGCUCUGUUGAAGCAAUAUGAGAACUUUGUUCUUGAGUUCCAGCGGUCAUUUGGUGAGUCUAAAAGACAGGCAAUGAGCCCUCUGAUGAAUGCUAAGGUUGACGAAGGGGACAACUCCUCUCAGCAAGAUGCUACUACUUUCCAGCCUCUUGCUCAAAAUCUGAGCUGUAAUGAAACCAAUGAGAGUGAUCACUUCCAAGAGGGCCUACCUGAUCCCAUUCAGGAUGAAAUGAGUGGCACAGAUAUGAUGGACAACCUCCCAGACCUGAUCACUCAGUGUAUUCAGUUAGACAGGAAACAUAGUGACAAGCCAGAGCUCUUACAGUCAGAGGCCCAGUUCCCAGUGUUGUCAUCCCUGGUUCACUACCAAACCCUCUCCAGCCCCUCAUGUCCAUCAUCCAAGGAGCUUAUACAGCUGAGAGGAAGCCAGCCACCUCUCACCCCUGCCAAACGAGCCCGCCAGCAAGAAACUCACUUGUGCCUCUACUGCAGCCAAGCUGAUCACUUCACAAGAGAUUGCCUUGCAAAACGAUCUCGAGCUCCAGCAAGGAUAAACAACCCAGCUCACCAGUAAGAGGAGCCAAGGCAUGUCCCUUUGUGAAUUUACAUUCCUCUCACCUCCAGCCUUACUGAUUUAUAUCCUGCACUAAACAUUUAAAAUACAGAUGGAGAACUGUGAUACCACUUUACACAUUCAUGAACUCAUGUCCUUCUGGAAAUUUAAAUAACCAGAUCUGAUUUAUUUGGUGACCCAUCACCAAACUUAAUGCAACAAUGAUGAAAACAAUUCACAGGUACUUUCUGUAGUUGGUACUAAUUU